GCCUGGCGGGCGGGCGGGCACGGAGGCCGAGGCCGCGGCCCGGGCUCUCCGCGCCGCUGUGGAGGGCGCCCUGGCCCUAGCCGAGCCGCAACAAUAAUAGGAGCGGGUCGCCGGGCACGAUCGGUGGGCGACGGGGAAGCGGGACCACCGCUCCAGGGCGCUGCGGCGAGAGAGACUUUCGGAGCCUGGACGUGCAGGAGCACACAGAGCUGACUGAGGAAAUUGUCUGAGAAAAAGGCCGAUCUGAGGCUGGAGCUGAGCACGGGGCUGGGCUAGGUGGAAGAACCUGCAGGUCGAAAGGGAAAAGAACGUUUAAGAUUUCCUGGGGUUUUGGCCAAUGCUACCACCGUUUUGAAGGUAGAAAGCAUUGCGCUUCAGGUGUUUUGUGAUUUUUGUGUAUGUGUGUCUGCACAAUUGGUUCAUUUCAGAAUUCAAAACCUUUAAUGUAGAGGAAGAUAAUUGUUUUGUUUUGAUUUUUAAGAAAUCCACACAUUUUGCUUCCCAGGGCUGCACUGGACCGUGUUGUGUACAUACUGCUGUAUGGUUUUAUUUAUUUUAACUGUGCAAAUCAUCUAGAAGAUUUUUCUCCCAAGUGCCAUUUCGGAUUUGUUCAACCUUUUUGUUUUGUUUUGUUUUUGUUUUUCCUUCCCUGGAAUAAUUCUGCUGUUGGCAUUUUAAGCAUUUGGAAACCAGAGAUUUUUCAACCUUUGGAGCUUAAGGCUUCCGUGUCAACAGAAGGACAGCUGGGGAAACUGGAUUGAAAGGAUGGUUUUUAUCUGUCUGCAGCUAAGACUGAUAUUUUGAAGUCAGAUUCUUCCUGUGGUUCGUUUUGUAGACUGUAGGGCUAACCUUGAAGAGAUUUGUGGUUAACAGUUUGGUUUCUAAGAAGGUCAUAGUUUUCCUCUUUUUUUUUCUUUUUCUUUUUUUUUUCUUGCCAUUUUCUUCUUUUUUAAGACGAGGGAGGGGAAGGUAAAGGGUCCAGGAAGGAGGAGACCAUGUUAACUGAUAGAAGCAGACUAGCGCUGCAGUUACCAGGGUCCUGACUGCUGGAAGAAACAAGGAUUCAGUCCUCAACUUGGGAGGUCUUCCUCUCACCUUCCUUCAGAAUUGCAAGGGACUCAGGCCUGAUCAAGACGCCCAGAGAAACUGCAGAAUUCCAGAGCUGUGGAGACACGGAGAAACCAUGAGCAUACGGUUGCCCCAUAGUAUAGACAGGGUCUACGACUUCCCAAACCAUGGACUUUUGACCAGGCUUGUGUACCAGACAUGAGUUUCCUCCUGUGGAGUAAACCUCAGAGCCAUUCAGAAGACAGUUGGUUGUCCUCGUAACCUUCCUGUCAGCAUUGCACUAGUGACUACGUCUUGUGUGGCAAGUUGGUGGUGUAGAAUUCAAGAUCUACUUGUCGGUUAAGUAGCCUGUCUUCUCUGGGAGAUUCUACACCUGAACGCACAUCCCCUUCUCACCAUCGCCAGCCCUCUGACACCUCUGAGACAACAGGUCUUGUUCAGCGCUGUGUCAUCAUCCAAAAGGACCAGCAUGGCUUUGGCUUCACAGUUAGUGGAGAUCGCAUCGUGCUGGUGCAGUCUGUGCGCCCUGGAGGCGCAGCCAUGAGAGCUGGUGUGAAAGAGGGUGACCGGAUCAUCAAAGUAAACGGCACCAUGGUGACCAAUAGCUCACACCUGGAGGUAGUGAAGCUUAUCAAAUCUGGCGCCUAUGUUGCGCUUACCCUCCUGGGCUCUUCUCCUUCCUCCAUCGGUGUCUCUGGGCUCCAGCAGAACCCAGCCCUGUCAGGAGGGCCCAGAGUUAACCCCACGAUUCCUCCACCACCUCCUCCUCCACCCUUGCCACCUCCACAACACAUUACUGGACCCAAACCUCUACAGGAUCCUGAAGUCCAAAAGCACGCCACUCAAAUCCUCAGGAAUAUGCUAAGGCAGGAAGAAAAAGAGUUACAGCGUAUCUAUGAGGUGUAUAGUCGGAACCCCGCCAGCCUGCUAGAAGAGCAAAUGGAAGGUGCCCGGCGGCGAGUCACUCAAUUACAGCUGAAGAUCCAGCAGGAGACUGGUGGCUUAGUGGACGUACUUCCACUCUGUGGUGAGACCAGCCAGAGAACAUGUGAAGGCCGCCUCUCUGUGGACUCCCAGGAGGCAGACAGUGGCUUGGACUCGGGGACAGAACGCUUUCCCUCCGUCAGUGAGUCAUUGGUGAAUCGGAACUCAGUAUUGUCAGAUCCUGGACUAGACAGCCCACAAACCUCCCCUGUAAUCCUGGCCAGGGUGGGCCAGCACCAUAGGCGACAGGGCUCGGACGCAGCGGUGCACCCCCUCAACCACCAGGGUAUAGAUCAAAGCCCAAAGCCUCUGAUUAUUGGCCCAGAGGAAGACUAUGACCCAGGUUAUUUCAACAAUGAGAGUGACAUCAUCUUUCAAGAUCUUGAAAAACUGAAGUCACAUCCAGCUUACUUGGUUGUAUUUCUACGUUACAUCUUCUCUCAGGCAGACCCCGGCCCUCUGCUUUUUUAUUUGUGUUCAGAAGUUUAUCAGCAGACAAAUCCCAAAGAUUCCCGAAGUCUGGGGAAAGACAUCUGGAAUAUUUUCCUAGAGAAAAAUGCGCCUCUCAGAGUGAAGAUCCCUGAGAUGUUGCAAGCUGAAAUCGACCUACGCCUGCGAAACAGUGAGGACCCUCGCAGUGUGCUCUGUGAAGCUCAGGAGGUAGUCAUGGUGGAGAUCCAGGAGCAGAUCAAUGACUAUAGAUCAAAGCGCACUCUGGGACUGGGCAGCCUCUAUGGUGAAAACGACCUACUAGACCUGGAUGGGGACCCUCUUCGAGAGCGCCAAAUGGCUGAGAAGCAACUGGCUGCCCUUGGAGAUAUCUUGUCCAAAUAUGAGGAAGAUCGGAGUGCUCCCAUGGAUUUCGCUGUUAAUACCUACAUGAGCCAUGCUGGGAUCCGUCUUCGGGAGUCUCGACCUUCCAGCACAGCUGAAAAGGCCCAGUCUGCCCCCGACAAGGACAAGUGGCUGCCCUUCUUCCCUAAAACCAAGAAGAGCAGCAAUUCCAAGAAAGAAAAGGAUGCCUUGGAGGACAAGAAGCGAAACCCCAUCCUCAGAUACAUUGGGAAGCCCAAGAGCUCUUCUCAGAGCAUUAAGCCAGGCAAUGUGAGGAACAUCAUUCAGCACUUUGAGAACAGCCAUCAGUAUGAUGUCCCAGAGCCGGGGACACAGCGACUCUCAACAGGAAGCUUUCCUGAGGAUCUGCUGGAGAGUGACAGUUCACGCUCAGAGAUUCGCCUUGGCCGCUCUGAGAGCCUCAAGGGCCGGGAGGAGAUGAAGCGAUCCCGGAAGGCAGAGAAUGUGCCCCGGUCUCGAAGUGAUGUUGACAUGGAUGCUGCUGCCGAGGCUACUCGCCUUCAUCAGUCAGCCUCAUCCUCUGCCUCCAGCCUCUCCACCAGGUCUCUUGAGAACCCAACCCCUCCCUUCACCCCCAAAAUGGGCCGAAGGAGCAUUGAGUCCCCCAAUCUGGGGUUCUGUACAGAUGUCAUCCUUCCCCACCUCCUUGAGGAUGAUCUGGGCCAACUGUCUGACCUGGAGCCAGAGCCAGAGGUCCAAAACUGGCAGCAUACAGUAGGCAAGGAUGUGGUGGCAAACUUGACACAGAGGGAAAUUGACCGGCAAGAGGUCAUCAAUGAGCUCUUUGUGACAGAAGCAUCCCACCUGCGCACGCUACGAGUCCUGGACCUCAUCUUCUACCAGCGCAUGAAGAAGGAGAACCUAAUGCCACGGGAAGAGCUGGCGAGGCUCUUCCCUAAUCUUCCUGAACUCAUAGAGAUUCACAAUUCCUGGUGUGAAGCCAUGAAGAAGCUCCGGGAGGAGGGCCCCAUUAUCAGAGACAUCAGUGACCUCAUGCUGGCUCGGUUUGAUGGUCCUGCCCGAGAAGAACUCCAGCAAGUAGCUGCACAGUUCUGUUCCUACCAGUCAGUAGCCCUAGAGCUAAUCAGGACUAAGCAACGCAAGGAAAGUCGGUUCCAGCUCUUCAUGCAGGAAGCUGAGAGCCACCCUCAGUGCCGGCGUCUGCAGCUUCGCGACCUGAUCAUCUCUGAGAUGCAGCGGCUCACCAAGUACCCACUACUGCUAGAGAACAUCAUCAAGCACACAGAGGGUGGCACGUCUGAGCAUGAGAAGCUCUGCCGUGCCCGGGACCAGUGCCGAGAGAUUCUCAAGUUUGUGAAUGAAGCAGUGAAGCAGACAGAGAACCGUCACCGCUUAGAAGGGUACCAGAAACGCCUGGAUGCCACUGCUCUAGAGCGGGCCAGCAACCCCUUGGCAGCAGAAUUCAAGAGCCUGGAUCUUACAACGAGGAAGAUGAUCCACGAGGGGCCUCUGACCUGGAGGAUCAGCAAAGAUAAGACCCUGGACCUCCAGGUGCUGUUACUUGAGGACCUGGUAGUGCUGCUGCAGAGACAAGAAGAGAGGCUGCUGCUCAAGUGCCACAGCAAGACAGCUGUGGGCUCCUCAGACAGCAAGCAGACCUUCAGUCCUGUGCUGAAGCUCAAUGCCGUGCUCAUCCGCUCUGUGGCCACAGAUAAACGAGCCUUCUUCAUCAUCUGCACCUCCGAGCUGGGCCCUCCCCAGAUCUAUGAGCUGGUUGCAUUGACGUCAUCAGACAAGAAUAUAUGGAUGGAACUCUUAGAAGAGGCCGUGCAGAAUGCCACCAAUCACCCUGGAGCUGCCCCAGUACUCAUCCAUCCCUCACCACCAGGAUCCCAGGAGCCUGCCUACCAGGGCUCCACCUCCAGCAGGGUAGAGAUAAAUGACUCAGACAUAUAUCACACUGAAAGAGGACCCAAGAAACCAUCUGAAGGCCCCGGGCCCGAGCAGAGAGGUCAAGACAAGCAGCUGGUAGCACAAGAGGGGCCUGAGCAGGAAGAGGAUGCAGAGGAGCUGAGGGCCCUGCCUUGCCCUCCCCCCUCCCUGGAUGGAGAAAGCAGAAGCAUCAGGACAAGGGACCCUGUCCUUCUGGCCCUCACAGGCCCUCUGCUCAUGGAGGGACUUGCUGAUGCUGCCCUGGAAGAUGUGGAGAACUUGCGGCACCUGAUCCUGUGGAGCCUGCUGCCUGGUCACACUGUGAAGACUCAGGCUGCUGUCGAGCCUGAGGAUGACCUCACACCCACCCCUUCUGUCGUCAGCAUCACCUCUCACCCCUGGGACCCAGGAUCCCCAGGGCAAGCUCCUACUAUAAGUGACAACAACCAACUUCCAAGGCCAGAGGGAAGCCAACCAGAGGGUGAGGAUGUUGCUCUCUGUUCUUUGGCACACCUGCCACCAAGGACCAGAAAUUCUGGCAUCUGGGACUCUCCUGAGCUGGAUAGGAAUCCAGCUGAAGAGGCUUCAAGCACAGAACCAGCAGGAAGUUACAAAGUUGUGAGGAAAGUCUCUCUACUCCCUGGUGGUGGUGUCGGUGCAGCCAAGGUGGCGGGCAGCAAUGUUACCCCUGCACUCCCAGAGAGUGGCCAGUCAGAAUCUGAGCUAUCUGAAGUGGAAGGCGGAGCACAGGCUACGGGGAACUGUUUCUAUGUCAGCAUGCCAGCAGAACCUCUGGACUCUAGCACUGAGCCUCCUGGGACACCCCCAAGUCCCUCGCAGUGUCACAGCCUCCCUGCAUGGCCAGCAGAGCCUCCGCAGCACAGGGGAGUCACUGGGGGUCAGCGUUCCAGCCUGGUCCUCAGGGAUAUGGGUGUGAUCUUCCAUACCAUUGAGCAGCUGACUGUCAAGCUUCACAGACUCAAGGACAUGGAACUGGCCCACAGAGAGCUGCUUAAGUCCCUUGGAGGAGAGUCGUCUGGUGGAACCACUCCUGUCGGAAAUUUUCACACAGAGGCAGCCAGAUGGACAGACUACUCCGUCUCUCCUCCAGCCAAGGAAGCCCUGACCUCCGGCUCCCAAAACAGUCAGGAGCAGGGGUCCUACCCUGAAGAUGGCUCCGACACCCCGCUGGAAGACAGUGCCACAGACACAGCUGCAUCACAAGGACCAUAGCCAUCCAGAAAACCAGAGUUCUGGCCUGAGCCAGAGCACCACACUAGGAGACCCAGGCCUCCCCUUGAAAAAUGCCAUGAAGUCUGGGAAUCCCUCAUGUUGCCUGGUCUGUUCCCACCAGACAGUCCAGUUUAGUGUCUCUUCCUCCUGUUAGCCUGAGUCUCUGUGGCUUUCGUCUCCUCAGCAUGCCGACCACAACAGAAAGGCCUCCACCCCACGUGGCCAGUGUGGGGUGUGCUCUGCACAGUGCCCUUGAGGAGGCUUAUGUGUAAAUAAAUGCACUUUCUUCCUCCUCUUCUGAGACAGCUAGGUGCCUGGCUCUCCUCUUUGCCCCUUUAGUUUCCUAUAAAUAUGUCUAUUGUAUGUGUAUCUUUGCCAUUGUAAAUAACUUAGCCCUUUUUUCUGUCCCUGGCAUGUUCAACCAGUCACAGAGAGCCAGGCAGCAGCCCCGCUCAGGGCCAUGAUUUGUUUAUGUCCCACUGGCAGGGAAGUCUCCCAGACUCCAGUGCUGUCAAGCUCCAGGGCCCACCCACCUCUGAAGGCUAGGCCUUCUCAGUGUCAGGAGACACUCCUGCAGGGAGUGUCUUCUCCAACCCUUCCCCACUUGCCCCAUAGAAACAAACACCAGGUACGGAUCUCAACACAGACCCCCCAAGAGCGAUGUGGAGUGGAUUGCUGGAGUCCCUGAGUUAGGGACCUUCCUUCCCCAGGGGCCACAGCACUGUUGGCUCAUCACCCUGUCCUCACGCCACUCCCCAUGAUGAACAUACACACUGUGCUAGGUGUAUAUAUACAUAUAUAUAAAUAUAUAUAAUAUAUAAAAUAUAGAUAUGGAAAUGACUGUUUUACUGUUAAAAUAAUGUAUACUCUUAUUUUCUUCCUUUCAUGGUUAAGAUUUUUUUAAAGAAAAGUUAAAUAUU